AUGUUCACGCGCGUCAAAUCCGCAGUGUCCAGCUUCAUGGGUGGAAUCAUGGCCGUAUCGUCUAUUAAUAAUAAUGAACGUUCGGGUGGCUCGGACCUGCCGCUCAAAUACCCCUACAUGAGACCGAAGUUUCUAGGACUGUCGCCGGAUGAGAUCGAGUGCUCGGCGGAUCACAUCGUUAGACCUAUCCUGAUCCUGAAAGAGACGCGGAGGUUGCCGUGGGCUACGGGAUACGCCGAAGUAAUAAAUGCAGGUAAAAGUGCUUUGAAUGAGGACCAGGCAUGCUGUGAGGUUCUACUGGUUAAGAAGAAACCUAUAGGAUCCUUGACACCCAGAAAGAUGUCUACAAGUAGGAGGAGGUCGUCCCUUCCCAAUAGUGUUGGCAUGAGAAUGUGGGAAAAUGAUGAGGCGGAAGGGCUGAUCUUCCAUUACUGGGCACUGUUUGAUGGUCAUGCUGGUUCAGGAGCGGCAGUGGUGGCUUCCAGACUUCUACACCGACACAUUGUGGAGCAGCUCCAAGGUGUACUGGAGGUCCUAUCUAACCUGGCGUCUCUUCCGCCAACUGUAUUUUGUGAUGAACCCAACCACCAGCCAUUCCCAUGCACACAUCGGGCCCUCAACCGGGCUGCAUCCCUACAUGGGGCCACUGGUGCACCUGGCUCCCCCUGCACCCCUCCAACACGGUUCUUCGUGGAGAAGAAGAUCCAUCAUGAAAGCCUUGUAAUUGGUGCCUUGGAGAAUGCCUUCAAGAUUAUGGAUGCCCAAAUCGAGAGGGAAAAAUCUAUAUACAACAUCUCUGGUGGCUGCACUGUGCUUGUAGUUGUCUUCCUGCUGGGAAAACUAUUUGUUGCCAAUGCUGGAGAUAGCAGAGCCAUUAUAAUCAGAAAUGGAGAGAUAAUUCCUAUGUCCACAGAGUUCACCCCUGAGUCAGAGAGACAAAGACUUCAGUUCCUUGGUUUCAUGCAGCCCCAUCUGUUAGGAGGAGAGUUCACACACUUGGAGUUUCCCAGAAGAGUGCAAAGGAAGGAGGUGGGCAAGAAGAUGUUGUACCGAGACUUCACCAUGACUGGCUGGGCUUAUAAAACCAUUGAGGAUGAGGACCUCAAAUUUCCUUUGAUAUAUGGAGAAGGAAAAAAGGCACGAGUGAUGGCUACAAUAGGUGUGACUCGUGGUUUAGGAGAUCAUGACCUCAAAGUCCACGACUCCAACAUCUAUAUUAAACCCUUUCUGUGCUGCUUUCCAGAGGUUAAAGUGUAUAACCUGACACAAUAUGAGCAUGGAGCAGAUGAUGUGCUAGUCAUGGGAACUGAUGGCCUGUGGGAUGUCCUUUCUAAUGAGGAAGUAGCAGAGACUGUCAUCUCAUUCCUGGCCAACUGUGAUCCCGACGACCUUCACAGAUACAAAAUGGCAGCCCAGGACCUGGUGAUGCGAGCCAGAGGGGUUCUGAGGAACCAGGGCUGGCGGAUCGACAAUGAUCGGCUUGGCUCUGGGGAUGACAUUUCUGUUUAUAUAAUUCCCCUGAUGUUUGGUAACCGUCAACCAUAG